GUCUUCCUUUUCCCAAUAAAAAUAGAAAACAUAUGAUUGCCCAGACUGACAGUAAUUCCAUAUUUUGAAUUAAUUGAACUGAACACUUCUAUUAUUAAAACUAAUCAAAACACUCGAAACAGAUACGUAAUGCAGUUAUAAUGAGUUUUAUAAUUAUUGCUUUUAAAAAUUUCCUACAUACCAUGUUGCAGUUAUUAUCUUUUGGUAAAAAAACUAUUACAAAUAGUUUGAGUGUGUAUGUAAAAACUAUUGGUGGCAACACUUUAACUGUAGAUCUAGAUCCUACAUGGGACAUUAAAAAUGUUAAGGAAAUAGUGGCACCACAACUUGGAUUAGAACCAGAUGAAGUAAAGAUCAUUUUUGCUGGAAAGGAAUUGGGAGACGAAAUUAAAAUUGAGGAAUGUGAUUUAGGUCAGAAAAGUAUUCUCCAUGCUGUAAAAAUUAGAGGAAAGAGGAGUAAGCUUAUUCAACCUACAAAUAGUAGUGUAAUAGAGGAAAAUGAAGAUCCAAGUAGCAAGCCAUUGAGUGAGGUUUUAGAUGAUAGUAUGUUCUCUCAUGAAGACAGCAAUUCUUUUAAUAGUACAACUGAAAGGCGGUCAUCUCAAUCAGAAAGUGGUUUAAUUAAGUCAAAAGUACAUUUCUAUGUAUUCUGUCCAACAUGUAAGGCAAUGAAGUCAGGAAAAAUAAGAGUAAGGUGCCAUUUUUGUAAAAGUGGAGCGAUCACUGUACAUGCUGAUCCCCAAAACUGGAAUGAUGUUCUAAUAUCAAAACAAAUUACAGGAACAUGUGAAAAUAGUCCAGAAUUAUGUUCUAACCUAUUAAAAAACGUAGAGCCUACUUUUGCUGAGUUUUACUUCAAAUGUUCUGAACAUACAUCAUUAGGGGAACAAGAUGGAGCAGUGCCACUAGAUCUAAUAAGGCCAAAUUUAAGGGACAUUCCCUGUUUAGCCUGUGCGGAUGUUAGCGAUCCUGUUCUUGUCUUUCCUUGUCAAGAAAAACAUGUUACAUGCCUGGAUUGCUUUCGCCAAUAUUGUGUGACCAGAUUAAUGGAAAGACAGUUCUGGCAACAUCCAGAGCUGGGAUACACGUUGGCUUGUCCAGCUGGUUGCCUAGACUCGUUUAUAAAAGAAGUCCAUCAUUUUAGAUUGCUCACAGAUGCUCAAUAUGCGCAAUAUCAACGUUUCGGAACCGAAGAAUUCGUCCUCAGAUCCGGCGGAGUACUGUGCCCUCAACCGGGUUGUGGAAUGGGGAUUUUAGUUGAUUCCAGUUGUAACAAGGUGGCGUGUAUAAACGGUUGUGGUUACGUAUUUUGUCGGUUAUGUUUACAAGGCUAUCAUAUCGGCGAGUGUCGACCAUCCGAUAUGGACAGUUCUGCAGGUGGUGAAGGAUGUUUGUACAGCGUAGACCCAAAUCGAGCAUCGGACGCAAGGUGGGACGAAGCUUCGAGAGUUACCAUUAAAGUUUCCACGAAACCUUGUCCUAAAUGUAGGACACCUACUGAAAGAGAUGGCGGCUGUAUGCACAUGGUAUGUACUAGAGCAGGGUGUGAGUUCCAUUGGUGUUGGGUGUGCCAAACUGCAUGGACCAGAGAUUGUAUGGGCAGCCAUUGGUUUGGUUAAGACAUUGAAAAAUAUGUGAUAUUAAUAAACUAAAAAAUGUGUGUUCUUUUGAUUGUACAGUUGUGUUUCACUUAACAAAGGUUGUUUGGUUAUUU